AUGGCGCCUCUGUCUUAUUCCAAGACCGCAAAGGUCCCCCGUCGCCCUUUCGAGGCCGCCCGUCUUGAUUCCGAGUUGAAGCUCGUUGGAGAGUACGGUCUACGAAACAAGCGUGAGGUUUGGCGUGUCCAGCUCACCCUUUCCAAGAUUCGUCGUGCUGCCCGUCAGCUUCUUACCCUCGACGAGAAGGACCCUAAGCGUCUCUUCGAAGGCAAUGCCCUCAUUCGCCGUCUUGUUCGUGUCGGUGUGCUCGACGAGUCCCGCAUGAAGCUCGAUUACGUGCUUGCCCUGAAGGUCGAAGAUUUCUUGGAGCGCCGCCUGCAGACUUGUGUCUACAAGCUCGGUCUUGCCAAGUCCAUCCACCACGCCCGUGUCCUCAUCCGCCAGCGCCACAUUCGUGUCGGCAAGCAGAUCGUCAACGUCCCCUCUUUCAUCGUCCGUCUCGACUCCCAGAAGCACAUCGACUUCUCUCUGACCUCGCCGUUUGGUGGCGGGCGUCCCGGCCGUGUCCGGAGAAAGAAGGCCAAGGCCGCCGAGAAGAAGGAUGACGGCGAGGAGGAGGAAGAGGAAGAGUAA